AUGGGUGAUCUUGUACACACGGUACAAUUUGUUUUUGGGAUUUUUGGAAAUGCUGCUUCUCUCUUUCUCUUCUUGGUACCCAUGCAUACGUUCAAGAGGAUCAUCAAGAACAAAUCAACGGAACAAUUCUCUGGCAUACCUUAUGUUAUGACACUUCUAAACUGCUUGCUUACCGCAUGGUAUGGUCUGCCAUUUAUAACAUCAAAUAAUAUCCUGGUAGCAACAAUCAACGGAGUUGGGGCUGCAAUUGAAUUAAUAUAUGUGUUUAUUUUUCUCUUAUAUGGACCCAAUAAACAAAAGAGAAAAAUCUUAGUAAUAUUUGUGUUAGUCCUUAUUGCUUUUGCUACCGCAGCGGUUAUUUCCAUAAGUUUUUUUCAUGGAAAAAAUAGGAGGUUUUUCUGUGGUAUGGCUGCUACCAUCAUCACCGUCGUCAUGUAUGCAUCUCCUCUCUCUAAUAUUAGACUUGUAAUUAGGACCAAAAGUGUGGAGUACAUGCCUUUCUUCCUGUCAUUUGCUGUCGUGGUAUCUUGCACUAAUUGGUUUAUCUAUGGCAUGCUAGGAAUGGAUCUAUUUAUUGGAAUCUCAACAUGUAUUGGCUUGAUUUUAGGAGUAGUGCAGCUGAUUUUAUACUUCAUUUACCGUGACAAGAAAACAUCAACGAUUGUGGAUGAGUUCCAAUAUGCUUAG